ACGCGCGGAGCUAACGGCAAAAUGGCGAACCGUGACAAGGAUCUAGAAGAAGAGAUUUACGACAAAGUCGUGGACUUAACAGAAUAUGCCAAACGUCAGAGAUGGUGGAACAGAGUAUUUGGAAACAGUUCUGGGCCAGUAGCUGAGAAAUACUCUGUGGCUACACAGAUAGCCAUAGGUGGAGUCAGUGGAUGGUGUGCGGGAUACCUCUUUCAGAAGGUCGGGAAACUGGCUGCUACGGCUGUCGGUGGAGGUCUCCUCAUGUUACAGAUAGCAAAUAACAGUGGCUACAUCCAAGUGGACUGGAAGAGAGUAGAAAAAGAUGUCAACAAAGCCAAGAAGCAACUGAAGAAAGGAAGCAAAGACGCGUCAACAGAAAUCGACACAGUUUUUAAGAAGUCAACAGAGUUUGUGAAGAAGAACAUUGUCGUCACAAGCAGCUUCGCUGGAGGCUUUCUGCUUGGAAUGGCGUCCUAGAAACUGAACAUCUCUCUAGUUGAAACAUAUCAUAAAAAGCUGUUUUAAAUUUACCACUUGCAAGUAGAUUGACCUAAUGAACUGUUUAUGCAGCGCAUCAUUAUCUGAGUCCUGUAGUACCUCUCUAUACUCUCUAUAUCAGAGGCAUUUGUAUUCUGUUGUAUUGGUUUGACCAGAUGUUAGACCUGUUGUUUUUAUAUCACCGUUUAUGUUUUGAGCCAAUCAGCCUUUGGACAAAAGACGCACCUUCAGUGUAUUAUUUAUUUAUUUUGAUACUAAAAUCAGAUUUCAUCAUGUGAAGAAAAGCCAAGUUUAAAUGUAUCUGAGUGUAAACGAUAAUCACAAACAUUCAAAAUCUGAAGUCCAAAGCGCUCCCUGUGUGAGGCCUUUAGGAGGAGGUGAUGUGUCUCCUUCUUUUAAAGCGCUCCCUGUGUGAGGCCUUUAGGAGGAGGUGAUGUGUCUCCUUUUAAAGCGCUCCCUGUGUGAGGCCUUUAGGAGGAGGUGAUGUGUCUCCUUUUAAAGCGCUCCUUUUGUGAGGCCUUUAGGAGGAGGUGUGUCCUCCUGCUCCUCCCUGUCUGUCUGCAUGGCUUUGGCAGCUGUGCUGUUUGUGUUUAAUGAUAAAAAUAAAAUAAUAAAGUUAUUAAAGCAUCA